GGUGGCUGCAGGAGCGGCUGUACAUUGUCAAGAACAUGGCGGCUUCCAGGCAGGCAUGAGAGUGGAUACUUCUUAACAAAUUUGGAUGAACCUGGACUAUCAUCUCAAAAACAGACCAUCAAAAGAUUUCCCUGGAUAUUGCAAUACGAAUCUCUAAAAGGACAUGACGUCCCCCGGUUCCGUUGUGCCUGGAACCACCGGAGCUGCACUGCAGCCGCGAUGGAAGCGGGUUCUGGGGUGGUCCGGGCCGGUACCCCGACCGAGACACGGACACAGAGCCGUAGCCAUCAAGGAGCUGAUGGUCGUUUUCGGUGGAGGAAACGAAGGAAUCGUUGACGAGUUGCACGUUUAUAAUACUGCAACAAACCAGUGGUUCAUACCAGCUGUUCGCGGAGACAUUCCUCCAGGCUGUGCGGCUUAUGGUUUUGUAUGUGAUGGUACACGACUAUUAGUGUUUGGUGGAAUGGUGGAAUAUGGAAAGUACAGCAAUGACCUUUAUGAGUUACAGGCAAGCAGGUGGGAAUGGAAAAAAUUGAAACCAAAAGCCCCUAAAAAUGGAGCACCACCAUGUCCUCGUCUGGGCCACAGUUUUUCUCUUGUGGGCAACAAGUGCUAUCUUUUUGGGGGGCUUGCCAAUGACAGCGAAGACCCCAAGAACAACAUUCCCAGAUAUUUGAAUGACCUUUAUACCCUCGAACUGCGUCCGGGCUCCAACGUUGUGGGCUGGGAUAUACCGGUCACGUAUGGAGUACUGCCUCCUCCGAGAGAGAGCCACACUGCUGUAAUUUAUACUGAAAAAACUACUAAGAAGUCCCGUCUUGUUAUAUAUGGAGGAAUGAGUGGUUGUCGUUUGGGAGAUCUUUGGACAUUAGAUAUUGAUACGCUGACCUGGAACAAGCCUGCAAUAAGCGGCACUGCUCCCCUCCCCCGUAGCCUCCACUCAGCCACCACUAUUACAAACAAAAUGUAUGUUUUCGGUGGCUGGGUUCCCCUGGUGAUGGAUGAUGUGAAGGUGGCCACACAUGAGAAGGAAUGGAAGUGUACAAACACACUGGCCUGCCUGAACUUGGACGCCUUGUCAUGGGAGACCGUUUUGAUGGACACUUUGGAGGACAACAUACCACGUGCACGAGCAGGACAUUGCACUGUUGCCAUUAACAACAGACUUUAUGUCUGGAGUGGACGUGAUGGGUACCGCAAAGCUUGGAACAAUCAGGUGUGCUGCAAAGACCUGUGGUACCUAGAGACAGAGCGACCUAAUCCUCCUUCACGGGUACAGCUCGUCCGGGCCAACACAAAUUCUUUAGAGGUUAGCUGGGGAGCGGUGUCUACAGCAGACAUGUACCUGCUUCAGCUUCAGAAAUAUGAUAUCCCAACAGCCACUGCUGCCACAUCACCAGCCCUCAAUGCAGCUCCCUCCCUCCCUGGAAACUCGCCUAAGAGUCCAGCGCCCGCUGCAGCUGCUCCGUCUGCUCAGAGUCUGCCGCAUAGUGGCAUCACCUUCGUGCCCCAGGCUGCUUCACCCACUGCCUCAGUUUUACCCACCACGCCCGCAAGUCCUCUGGCUGCCUCAACGGCGCGUGGCCCAGCUAUUCUGAAAGUUGCAGCCCCUCAGUCAGGCACCGGGGCAUCGAUUGUCACUGUGCGCCAAGCCAGCCAGGCUGGAAAAUCCCCAGUCACUGUGACAUCACUUCCUGCAGGUGUUCGCAUGGUAGUGCCACCACAGACCACUCAAGGAACGGUCAUCGGCAGCAGCCCUCAGAUGAGUGGAAUGGCAGCUUUGGCUGCAGCUGCUGCAGCCACACAGAAAAUCCCUCCUUCCCCCGGAGCCACUGUUCUCAGUAUGCAGGCUGGGGCUACAAUUGUCAAAACAAUGGCUAUGACACCUGGGUCCACCACUCACCCCACCACAGUUAAAGUGGCAUCACCUGUCAUGGUAAGCAACCCUGCCACUCGCAUGCUGAAGACCGCUGCUGCACAGGUGGGCACUCCGACAGUUUCCAGUCCAAAUACAGGUGCUCGGCCCAUCAUCACAGUGCACAAGUCAGGCACAGUUACCGUAGCACAGCAGGCUCAGGUUGUGACCACUAUGGUGGGCGGAGUCACCAAGACCAUCACUCUUGUCAAGAGUCCACUUUCCAUGGGAGGAAACCUGAUCUCUAACUUGGGCAAGAUGGUGUCAAUGGUACAGACCAAACCAGUCCAGACGGCUGCUUUGACUGGACAGGCCUCCUCCAACCCUCUGGCUCAGAUUUUACAAUCAAAGGGUACCCUUCCACCUGGCACCAUUCUGAAGCUGGUAACAUCUGCGGAUGGAAAACCAACUACCAUAAUUACCACCAGUCAAGCCGGUGGCACAGGAAACAAGCCCACUAUCUUGGGCAUCAGUGGCAUGUCCCCCACAACCAACAAACCGGGCACUACCACUAUCAUUAAAACAAUUCCAAUGUCUGCUCUACAGCAGGGAGCUGCAGGCGUGACUAGUAGUACUGGGAUGAAGAGCCCCAUUACCAUCUACACCACGAAGGUGAUGACAUCUGGAACAGGAACUCCUGGAAAAUUCAUUACAGCAAUGCCUAAGAUUGGUACAGCAGCUGGCCAGCAAGGCCUAACACAGGUUGUUCUGAAGGGAGCCCCUGGUCAGCCUGGAACCAUUCUUCGCACCAUGCCGAUGGGAGGAGUGCGUCUCGUGUCUCCAGUAUCUGGGGUCAAGCCAACUGUAACCACGCUGGUUGUCAAGGGAACAACUGGUGUAACAACUCUUGGCACAGUCACAGGAACCGUUUCUACUAGCUUAGCCCGAGGAAGCCUAGCCAGUGCCAAUGCCACCCUGGCAACCCCCAUCACCACUCUGGGUACGAUUGCCACCCUCUCCAACCAGGUCAUCAAUGCCACUGCUGUGUCAGCUGCUCAGACCAACCUGACCACUGUCACCUCCAACAUGCAGCCCACCCAGGUGACUCUCAUAACUACACCCACUGGUGUGGAGGCUCAGGCUGGCCAAGAUCUGCCCGUUUCCAUUCUGGCCUCUCCCACGUCUGAGCAGCCCACCUCUACUGAGUCUGGUGCAGGCGAAGCUUCUGGCACUGUUACUCUAGUGUGCUCCAACCCCCCCUGUGAGACUCAUGAGACGGGCACCACCAACACGGCCACCACAGCGACGGCAAAUAUGGGCACUGGACCAGCUGGCACAGUACAGAGAGUGUGCUCCAACCCGCCCUGCGAAACGCAUGAAACGGGUACAACAAACACUGCCACCACAGCAUCUGCCAACAUGGGUGGUGUUCAGAGGGUCUGCUCAAACCCACCAUGCGAGACCCACGAAACAGGCACCACCAACACAGCAACUACAGCAUCUUCAAGUAUGGGCACUGCUCCUGCUAGCAUGGUGCAGAGAGUUUGCUCAAAUCCACCUUGUGAGACCCACGAGACGGGCACCACCAACACAGCAACCACAUCUUCAUCAAACAUGGGAGGAAACCAAACGGGAGCGGUUCAGAGAGUUUGCUCAAAUCCACCUUGUGAGACCCACGAGACGGGCACCACCAACACGGCCACCACGGCUUCAUCUAACAUGGGUGGAAACCAAACGGGAGAGGUGCAGAGAAGAGUUUGCUCAAAUCCACCUUGUGAGACCCACGAGACGGGCACCACCAACACGGCCACCACUGCCACCUGCAGUAUGGAGACAGAUGAGGGAACAGCCCAGCAGAGUGAUGAAGCAUCAGAAUCUACCACUAGCACAGAGGGCCUGCCGUCCACUGUUGCGCCCCAGAGCAGAGCCAUUACCACAGUCACACAGGCCACGCCUCUACCCGGACCAGCUGUUCCAUCUAUUUCUUCCAUCACGGAGUCAUCCUCAGAGGCAGGAGUUGAGCCGGUUGUUAUGGAGAGCUCGGAGGCAGAGUCCUUGCAGACAGAAGGCCAGGCUGAAGCGGAGGCAGUUGCUAUGCAGGCAGGGUUCCAGGCAGAAGUGGGGGCAGUAGCUAUGCCUAGUGACUUCCAGGCGGAGGCAGCGGCCUUGCCAAGUGACUUCCAGGGAGAAGCCAUGGCGGUAGCGAUGCAGGCAGAGAGCCAGGCAGAGGCAGGGGCAGUGCCCAUGGAGCAUGACGCUUCUAGCAUGGCAGAGGGAGAAACCGCUCAGGAGCAGCUACCAACAGCAGAGAUGGAGGGUGUAGACGCGGCAUCAGCAUCACAGGCCGAGGCACUGGCCUUGCCACCAGAGCUGAUGUCGGACGUACAACCCACAACGCUGAUGGUGACUGGUCUGACCCCAGAGGAGCUGGCUGUUACGGCAGCCGCAGAGGCAGCGGCCCAGGCUGCAGCGACAGAGGAGGCCCAGGCCCUCGCCAUCCAGGCUGUACUACAAGCAGCACAGCAGGCUGUUAUGAGCUCAGGUGACGGAGAUGCCGGAGAAGACCAGCAGACCCACACCAUACCCAUCGUUCUGACCCAGCAGGAACUGGCGGCUUUGGUUCAUCAGCAACAGCAGCUUCAGGCAGCCCAGCAACUAGCCGCUGCCCAGGCCGCUCUGCCCACAGAAGGCCUAGCUCCAGCUGACAGCCUAAAUGAUCCCUCCUCAGAAAGCAAUGGACACAACGAGAUAGCCGCCGCUGUCACAAGUGCAGUAGUCGGACUGCUGCCUCGCACCACAGCAGAGACCUUGGCUCCAUCCAGCACAUUAGCACCUGUUGUAGUUGCCAGUCCAGCUAAGAUGCAGGCAGCUGCAGCUCUCACUGAAGUGGCCAAUGGCAUUCAGGCUGGGAGACAAAUUCCUCCCACUGUUACAGUCAAACCUCAAGUGAAGAAAGAAAACCAGUGGUUUGAUGUUGGCAUUGUCAAAGUGACCAAUAUGGUUGUAACACAUUUUUACAUGCCUGCAGAUGACUCCAGUUAUGUUGAGGAUGAUUCAGGCACAAUCCCUGACUAUAGCCAGAUGAAGAAGGUGGAGCUUCAGCCCGGGACCGCCUACAAGUUCCGUGUGGCGGGUAUAAACACUUGUGGCCGUGGAGCCUUUUCUGAAAUAUCUGCUUUCAAGACUUGUUUACCAGGGUUCCCGGGGGCACCAUGUGCCAUAAAGAUCAGCAAGAGUCCAGAUGGUGCCCACCUUACAUGGGAGCCUCCAUCGAUGACAUCAGGGAAGAUCACAGAAUACUCAGUGUAUUUGGCCAUCCAGAGCACCCAGACCACCGAGGCGAAACCCUCGGCCCCGGCCCAGCUUGCCUUCAUGCGUGUGUACUGCGGGCCAAACCCCUCCUGCCUGGUUCAGUCCUCCAGCCUGUCCAACGCCCACAUAGACUAUACCACCAAACCUGCUAUCAUCUUCCGCAUCGCCGCUCGCAACGAAAAAGGUUACGGCCCUGCUACACAAGUGCGAUGGCUGCAAGAGUCUAACAAAGAUGGCCUUUCUGCAAAGCCUGCCCCAAAAAGAGCAGUUUCUUCACCAGAUACGAAAGGGAUUGGUCAGAAGAAAGCAAGAAUGGACCAAUAAGCCCCUCUCUCCAUUCGUCCUCCAAGACCAGGAAGACUUACACUAUACUCAAAGCGCUCCACCAUCUGGAUUCAAC